AUCCAAGGGCCUAGCGGCUACGAUCUCCGUCUGCCUAGUCCCAGGGUUGCGCCGCAUCCGAGGAGAUCCGUCGCGCCGCACCUCCGAGGCUCCCGUAACACCAGAACUAUUCAAGUCCAGUAAACAAACAAGCCUAACAUGGGAGACACCGACGCCGAUCGCAGGAGGAAGGACGCCGAGGAUGCCCACAGGCGACUCAAGGAAGAGGAGAAGAGAAAGAUGGAGGAGAAGGAGAGGAAAAAGGCUGAGGUGCGCAAGCGUCUCGAGGAGGCGGCCAAGGCGAAGAAGGCUGGAGGAAAGCGCGGCUUCAUGACACCGGAACGCAAGAAGAAACUCAGGAAUCUUCUGAGGAAGAAAGCCGCUGAGGAAUUGAAGAAGGAGCAGGAGCGCAAAGCCGGGGAACGCCGGAAGAUCAUCGCGGAGCGUGUUGGCCAGCCCAAGCCUGUGGAUGGCGCCAACGAAGCCACCCUUCAGGGAAUCCUCAAGCAGUACCACGCCCGGAUAGCGGCACUAGAGGACGCCAAGUACGACCUGGAGUACGAAGUCAGGCAGAAGGACUUCGUGAUCAACGAGUUGACCAUCCAGGUGAACGACCUUCGUGGCAAGUUCGUGAAGCCGGCCCUCAAGAAGGUUUCCAAGUUCGACAAGCUCAAAAUGAUCGCCAAGAGUACCUCGGAGGUUGACUUCAGGUCAAACCUCAAGGCAGUCAAGAAAGAGGCCUUCAAGCUUGAUGAGGAGAAGCAGACGGUCAAGAAGGACGUGCCAGAAUGGGCCGCGAAGUAGAGGAAAAGAAACCAGAAUGGGCCCUCGGAUCCAAGAAGGAGAACGAGGAAUGAGCGAGGAAAUGCCAAAGAUCACGACAGGGAAGUCCACCACAACGAAGCACCUGGCGCGACAAACAAGGAAAAAAAAUUUACCAAAGCCCUACGUCCCAGCACACAGACUGUCGCUUUUGCUUCCCUGGUCGAAAUUUCUUUUCUUUUUCUGUUAUAUUUGUGUUUCCCAGGAACCAUUCAUUUGUUAUAUGCCUUUAAUUAUUUUGUAAGCGACACGAAGCUGUGGUCGGAAUGACUUCUGAAUGAAUAAACAACGGUUACAGACGGUUA